GAUCUUUGGCAGGUCUCCAAUGCCAGAUCGACCAAGAAGGGGACGUGCCUUACGUACAGGAAUACGGAAUUGCUGCCAGUGACCAAUGAGCAUGGACGAGUAUAAACAGGGCUCACAUGCGUGCUUCAACAACACAGGAACAGAAUUGCUGCCAAAGGUCAUUAAGCCUGGACGAGUUAAGUAUAAAUAAAGCUCCAUCAAGGGCUAAACCUUUAUCUCGAAAAUCCUUCGAGGAGCAGUAUCAUCUACGGAAACAAGUAAAGAAACCAUUGAUUAUUCUAACAACAAUAUGUCUUUGAUGAAGAUAGCGUUGAUGGCUUGCCUUCUGGUGUUAGUUCGAGGCGAUGUGCCAUCUUGCUGUCCCGAAAACAAAAGCCCUAGUGGGGGACCAAGUAACAACCCAAAUGCUGUAGUUUGCAAAUUUGAGAGGUCAUCACUCUCUCUGAAGUGCGAAAAGGGCAGCUCAUCGCAUACCUGUAAGGUUGUCAAAGCCACUGGCAAAACGGAAGCGGACCAGAAGGGCCCCACCCCUUAUGGCGAAUAUUUGAUUGGCAAUUAUCACACCAGCACGACCUAUUCCGGGCUGGACUGGUAUAAGCUUUAUCCUAAGAAGGAAGACAAUUCCGGCUAUUAUGGGUAUUGGUCAGCUAACAACCUGGGUCGUUCAACCAUGGGCCUUCACCCAGGAAGAGUGUCUUGGGGGUGUGUGACCGUUGAUGCAAGCAACUGUAACAGCGGUGGCUACGAUUGCUACAACAGAGAUUCGUGCUGGACGCAGAUCAAGAGUAUCGUUAGCAGCGGCAGCAUGACUUACAGGAAGUCAACAUACUCCGGCAUACUCUAUGUCGUAUGAGAGCAGUUUUCAAUUAAUCAAAAAACACUAUAGAUUUUGAUUGCGCUCUUAUUUGGCUGGAAAUGUUACUAACAUUUUUCACUGAUUUUGCAUGAUUGUCUGACCAGACCUUUUGCUUGAAAAACAUGACGUAUACAGUAUCGUUGACCAUUCCAUGGUCCUCUGCAAAAAAGCUGGAUCAUUCUAUUUCUCAAAGCGUUGAUAUUUUUUUACCGACUCGGCAUGAAAACUAUAGAAAAAUGUAAAUGUAAGUUCCAUCAAAUAAACAUUUAAGUUACAAAA